GUAGUCAUCAGAAUCUGAGAAACUCACUUCUGAACAGGAGUCCACACUCCACCACUGACAAAAUGACUCACUCCUGCUGCUCCCCGUGCUGCCAGCCCACCUGCUGUGAGACCAGCUGCUGUCGGCCCUCCUGCCCCCAAACUUGGUACCAGACUAGUGAAAACACCUGCUGUAGGACCACCUGCUGCAAACCUACCUGUGUGACCACCUGCUGCCAGCCCGCCUGCGGUGGGUCCAGCUGCUGCCAGCCUUGCUGCCACCCUAUCCGCUGUCAGACCACCUGCUGCAGGACCACCUGCCUCAAGCCUUCCUGCUGCUCCCCGUGCUGCCAGCCCACCUGCUGUGAGUCCAGCUGCUGUCGGCCUUGCUGCCCCCCAACUUGCUAUCAGACUAGUGAAAACACCUGCUGUAGGACCACCUGCUGCAAACCUACCUGUGUGACCACCUGCUGCCAGCCUGCCUGCGGUGGGUCCAGCUGCUGCCAGCCUUGCUGCCACCCUAUCCGCUGUCAGACCACCUGCUGCAGGACCACCUGCCUCAAGCCUAUUUGUGUGAGCAGCUGCUGCCAGCCCACCUGCUGUGAGUCCAACUGCUGUCAGCCCUCCUGCCCCCAAACUUGCUGUCAAAUCACUGAAACCACCUGCUGCAAACCUACUUGUGUGACCAGCUGCUGUCAGCCCACCUGCUGUGGAUCCAGCAGCGGUGGACAAACCUGCGGUGGGUCUAACUGCUGUCAGCCUUGCUGUCAGCCAGCCUCCUGUGCACCCGUGUACUGCCACAGAAUCUGCUACCACCCCACGUGCUGCUGCCUGCCUGGGUGCCGAGACCAGAGCUGUGGAUCCAGCUGCUGCCAGCCUUGCAGCCGCCCUGUCUGCUGUCAGACCACCUGCUGCCGCCCUAGCUGUGUGUCCAGCUGCUGCCAGCCUUCCUGCUGCUGAUCACCUUGCCAAGGAUCCACUGUCCCUAUACAGCACCUUCUAUUAAUUGACUUGCUACCUGGGGACAAAACGAAGUCACUUCCUAGAUUUUGCUGACAACUGACAUGCUCUACCAGAAUUUCAGUUACUCAUCUCCUUGUUUAAGAGCUUGUGAAUUAGGUUGACGGAGUGCAGGGGGCUUCCUCCAAUUGUCUUCCUCUGGUGUAGAGGACCAUGUGUCAACUUCCUGCAUCUGUGAUAAGGAAGUAUGUCUUGGUUUUGACUCUGAAAAUAGGAUUGACCAUCUAGUUCUUCUGAGUAACUUAAGAAAACAAGCUCUCACAAUGUUUCUAUAGGUUUCUACAGCCUAUCAUAAUCUUUACAAUCAUAUUUUCUCUUUUGCUAUCCUCAUAGUUCUGUAUCAUGCUUUCUCCUUUUACAAUCACUUUUAGUUUUACCUGUAUGUUUCUCAAUAAAUGGUGUAGCACAA